GCAGCAACAUGUACAGAUUUAUCAACACCUGUCUGCAAUCCUUUGUGAUAGAGAAAUUUGGUGAAGAGACCUGGGAAAAACUGAAAGCCUCUGCAGAAGUGCAAGAUGCCUUCAUGACCUACACAGUGUAUGAUGACAUCAUCACCAUUAAGCUCAUCCAAGAGGCCUGCAAAGUUCUGGGCAAGCAUUCUCAACCAAGAAUCCGAGAAGAAGCCCCAAACCCAGCACGGAUGGAAGACGCCGCACCCAAACCCGAGAUCCAUGUUCAAGCAACCAUUAGUCUCUGAACCAGCCGGCCUCUCCUAUUAACAGAGCUGGGUGCCCAGGAACAAAAUAACCAGGGUCUGGAAAAAGCAUCUUCAUGGAUUUUUGUAGGUUUACAGAUUUAAGAGAAAAGUCAAGCAGGUAGUCCUUCUACACAAGGCUGUCACUGUCACUUUGCUAUACCUUGCUUGGCUUGCAGACAGCCCCGCCCUCCCGAGCGUGGUCCCCGGGCGAAGGAGGCCUCUGGGAUCUGUGCUUUCCUGGCUGGUAACAGGAUGCACCUGCUUAGCACUCUAGCCCGGGGGACGCACAGCACAGCUGUUUUUUCUCAGCUUGAAUAAGCUAGAUUUAGCAGGAAAGGAGGGGGCAGGGGGAAAGAGAAAAGAAUGAUUCCACACCUGUCCAUGUACUUUUCAGGAGUUCUCCCAGGGACUCAUAAGCAAUGGAAAGGACUUGAGAGGAAUUUAUUUCAGUUCUUUGGGGCUUAGCAUGUGGCUCGUGAUUGCUAUUAUACACAAGUCUGCCUUCGUCCAGUUCGGGACAGACCCACAAGCAGAGAACGCAACAGAGGCAAUUAACACAGGCCAGUCCCACCUUCCACUCUGCCGUCCCAAGCUUUGUCUAGAUUCAGAAGACCUGGCUAGUGUAUUUUUGGAAUGUAUGUAUAACUCAUCCCUGAUAAGACCAGACCAACUCAGAACAGGAGUCUGUCCUGCUCAGAUUGCAGAACAAUUAUCUGCCGAAGAGUCUGGGUGUGAACAAUGAGUCGUAGGGAAUCUGCUUCUCUGACCAUCUCAGGAAGCAAGUAGAGGCUGGGAAGUGCCCAGACCUCCUCUGAUCCCCUGCCCGCCCCCCCCCACCCCCUUGCAGGAAUUGUUCUUAGAUAGCGCAAGAGACCUGGAAACGCCUUGCUGUGAAUUCCAGAUCCAGCCAGAGCAUCACAGGGCUCUUCAAGGAUCCAGCCAGGGAUUGUGGUGAUGGUGAAUUCCGCAGGUCUCCCGUGAGCUUGGGCAUUCCAGACCUUGUCCCAGCCCCCGAGACCUACCAGAGUCACCACACCACAGUACAUAAGAGAAUGUUCUCUCACAGAUGCGCCAGUCCACCAGCAUCAAGGCAUGCCCUGUCUCCCGUGUCAGUGAUGACAACCCAUAAGCAGUCUCACCCUGGAGGAGACCUCUUGUUUCUUUGCUGCUCCAGAGACUGUGGGAUGUGGUAUAGAAAUCACUGAAUUUAGGGCGCCUGGGUGGCUCAGUCGUUAAGCGUCUGCCUUCAGCUCAGUUCAUGAUCUC